AUGACAAGCGGCGGCCUCCACGCCUACCCUGGGCCGCGGGGCGGGCCGGCGGCCAAGCCCAACGUGAUCCUGCAGAUCGGUAAGUGCCGCGCCGAGAUGCUGGAGCACGUGCGGAGGACCCAUCGGCACCUGCUGACCGAGGUGUCCAAGCAGGUAGAGCGCGAGCUGAAGGGGCUGCACAGGUCGGUGGGCAAGCUGGAGAACAACCUGGACGGCUACGUGCCCACGAGCGACUCGCAGCGCUGGAAGAAGUCCAUCAAGGCCUGCCUGUACCGCUGCCAGGAGACCAUCGCCAACCUGGAGCGCUGGGUCAAGCGCGAGAUGCAUGUGUGGCGGGAGGUCUUCUACAGACUGGAGAAGUGGGCCGACCGCCUGGAGUCCAUGGGCGGCAAGUACCCGGUGGGCGACGGUCCAGGCCGCCACACGGUCUCCGUGGGCGUGGGGGGUCCUGAGAGCUACUGCCACGAGACUGACGGCUACGACUACACAGUCAGCCCCUAUGCCAUCACUCCGCCCCCCGCUGCUGGUGAGCUGCCGGGUCAAGAACCAGCUGAAGCCCAGCAGUACCAGCCCUGGGGGCCUGGAGAGGACGGGCAGCCAAGCCCGGGUGUGGACACUCAGAUCUUCGAGGACCCACGGGAGUUCCUGAGCCACCUGGAAGAAUACCUGCGGCAGGUGGGUGGCUCUGAGGAGUACUGGCUAUCCCAGAUUCAGAACCACAUGAAUGGGCCAGCCAAGAAGUGGUGGGAGUUCAAGCAGGGCUCUGUGAAGAACUGGGUGGAAUUCAAGAAGGAGUUCCUGCAGUACAGCGAGGGCACCCUGUCCCGAGAGGCCAUCCAGCGGGAGCUGGACCUGCCACAGAAGCAGGGUGAGCCACUGGAUCAGUUCCUGUGGCGCAAGCGGGAUCUGUACCAGACCCUGUACGUGGACGCUGAGGAGGAGGAGAUCAUCCAGUAUGUGGUGGGCACCCUGCAGCCCAAGCUUAAGCGCUUCCUGCGCCACCCACUGCCCAAGACCCUGGAGCAGCUCAUCCAGAGGGGCAUGGAGGUGCAGGACGGCCUGGAGCAGGAGGUUGAGCCAGCCGGCCCCCAGGUGCCCACUGAGGACGAAGCAGAGGCCCUCACUCCCGCCCUCACCAGCGAGUCUGUGGCCAGCGACCGGACCCAGCCUGAAUAGAGGGCAGCCCAGGGCCCCCAGCCUGCCCACCACGGCCAAGCUGUGGCUUUUGCUAACCAGGACUUGAUCUGGCACUGAUACCCACUGGGGCAUUCCUCAUCCAACAGGCACCCUCAGCCUUCAGGCCCUAAUCACAGACAUGCCACCCAGAUGUGUGCAAAGCCCUGAGCAGCAAGGAGCUCCUCCCCUGCAGGGCUCCUGCGUCACUCCACCUCUGUCUUCCUGGCCUGCCUGCCUGGGCCUGGGGGCAGCCCUACCCUCUGCACUCAGGCCACUGUAGAACAUCUCCAGCUUCCUCAUUCUGCUCCAGUGCUUCUGGGCACACAGGAAACCAAGUGUCCAGAAGGCAGAGACCGCUCAACAGGGCACCCAGGCAGAAGGCAAGGCAGAACCAGUGCUGAACCUCAACUUCUGGCACACCACCCACUCCUGGCAGACACUGCAGAGCCAGCUGGCACUCCCGUCGCCCUCCAGGGCAGACGGCCAGCCUUGGGCAGCACAACUCCCUUCUCAGGGAGCACCUAAGUUGCACAUGCAGCAGCAGCAGCAGCAGCAGACCUGACAUCCUGGCGCCUCCUGGCCCCUAGAUAGUGAUUCAUGCCAGACGCGCAGGGUCUGAGCUCUGCUCAGUGACUCAGCUGUGGCGGGCACACAGUCCCAGAGGGGCCAAGUCCUCAAAUCCGGCUGAGGCAGCAGCCAGCACUCGGAGCCAGGAGAAUCACAACAGGUCUCUGACUGCCUGGGAGUCUUUGCUGCUGAGCCUGGCACUGUCUUCCCCUCUCUCGAGGCGGCCAGCCCCAGGGCAGCUGAGAGAGGGCAGCUGCAGAGAGGAGGCAUUCUGGCACUGGGCAGCACCCCAGCUCGGCCUGAGAGUUGGUGGUGAGGAUGGACCGGCGUGAGGGCCAGGGCCUGCCGCUAUGCCCGCCCCGCUGGCUGCCAGCUCCCUGCCCCUAGAGCCACUGCAGCCAAAGCCAGGGUCCACUACCCUGGCUCUUCCAGCAGGGAGUCCCUGCGUGCUGCGUGGCCAUGGCUUCCUGCCAGAUCCUUUUAGGAGCCCCGAGGCCAGGGCCCCAGCCCCUCCAGCAGCCCCCAGGCCAGCCCCAGGAGAUCCUGAGGCCUUUGCUCCUGGGCUGUCCCAGGCUCUCUGUUUUGCCCUGGCCCUGCUUUUGCUCAGGCUAGACCCUGGGCCACUCAUGUCUGCAGCUGGAGCAGCCCAGACUGAAGUUUUAGAGGUUCCUCUUUCUGCCUUGCCCAUUGGGGUUCCGGAUUCUGGGGACCAACUCUGCAGAUGACCUGAUGAAUCCUCCACCCUGUGCCCCUGCCCGCCCCCACAGAUUUUAUUUUUGCACAUAAGCCAUAACUCAUGCUCAUUGGCCAGCACAGGCUGCAGGGAGGUCCUGGGGCCUGGGGAGACCUCAGAGGGUGUGCCUCCCCCCUACACAAACUACGCCUUGAAAGUCCUGCCAGGCCAGAAUCCCUGCCACCUUACCUCGAAGACAGACUGUUUUUAUAAGAUUUUGUUAAUAAAACACUGAAACUUG